UGACCGGUGCACUCGCUUAGUAGAGCAUACCUUACGUGUCGAGCACAGGAUAUCACGCACGGACUUCUUGGUUGUUUCCGCCCUGAGUUAAUAUGGAGUGCAGCUCGUUGUACAAAAGGCGUGGUUUAGGAAGUCGCCGUUUUCACACCAAACGAAUUUCCCCCCAAAUCCACGUUGUCUCCAGCUGCAGCCUGGAUUCCAUGACAAGCAGCCCGUUGUUAUAUGUCGGCGAGCUGACGACAGCGCAAGUUGUCGCUGCGGCUGUUUUCGUAUGGCUGUUCAUACGCCACUUGAGCGCGAAGAACCUUCGUCAUAUUCCGACCGAAGGCGGGCCCUCUUUGCCGAUUCUGUCAUUCAUCGGGCUUUACAACUUCCUCGCCCAUGGAAGAGAGAUCAUACAGCAGGGUUAUCAGCAGCACAAGGGCAGGGCUUUCAAGGUCGCUAUGGUGGAUCGCUGGCUUGUUGUACUCUCUGGUAAGAAGUUGGUCGAUGAGCUGCAGAAGAUGCCGGACGACACAGUGUCAUCCGCUACUACAGAGGUUCUCGAGAUGCCUAACGUGUUCGCAUCUAACUGGCACAAAGACCCUGUCCAUGUGCCGAUACUGCGAAAUCUCACGCGUAGUCUCGCAUUGGUAUUCGAAGACAUGUUCGAUGAGCUCAGCAUAGCCUUCCGAGAGCACAUUCCUGCGAACAGCGACCGUUGGCUUCCAGUCCAUGCUUAUCCUGUUAUCAGCACUAUCGUUACACGUGCUGCGAACCGCGUUUUUGUUGGCAUGCCCAUUUGUCGAGACAGUGGUUAUGUACACAUGAUGGUACACUUCGAAGAAGACGUGAGCAAAGCUGUGAAGCUCCUCACAAUAUUACCCGGCUUUAUGAAGCGCGCCGCCGGCAGAAAUGCCACGGUCAUCGACAAACGCAUCCAGCAGUGCCUCGACUACUUGCGUCCGGUUAUCGACGACCGGAUGGCUAUGAUGGCUGUGUUUGGAAAGGACUGGGCAGACAAGCCGAAUGAUUUGUUGCAGUGGAUUAUCAACGAAGUUGUGGCUCGAAAUCAAGGACCAGAAGAGGUCGCGCGCAUAGUACUGUUCAUUAACUUUGGGGCAAUUGGGACGACCUCGGCUGCUAUACUUCAUGCCUUGUACGACAUCUCUAUGCGCCCCGAGCUCGCCGACACGCUACGGGAAGAGGUGGAGGCAGCUGUGGCAGAAGAAGGCUGGACGAAGGCCGCAAUAAACAAGAUGCGCAAGCUCGACAGCUUCCUGCGCGAGUGCGAGCGGCAUAACGGCCCGACCAUUGUGUCGAUGUUCCGCAACAUCCUGCAGCCGGUGACGCUCUCGGAUGGAACGUUCCUUCCCAAGGGUGCGACGGUCGUCACGCCGACAUUUGCGACGCAUUUCGAUGAGGAGAACUAUCCGAACGCGACCCUGUUCGACCCGUUACGGUCUUAUAAGAGCGACAAAUCCGUGCAGCCGCAGCUGAUCACCACUUCUGCAGACUACGUAACGUUCGGGCAUGGCAAGCACGCUUGCCCUGGCCGGUUCUUCGCCUCCAACGAGCUUAAAGCUAUGCUAGCAUAUAUCGUCGUAAACUACGACGUCAAACCCGAAUACGAAGGCGUUCGCCCCGAGAAUCUACGGAGGGGUCUAACCAAUGAGCCGAACAAUACCGCACGAGUGCUGUUCAGGGGGAGGCAGGUCGACUAGAAGACGCAGGAGGGAACCAUGAGGUACAAGAUAUCGCACGGGGUUACUAUUCUGGGACGGCGCUAGAACAACCUAAACUCUUACUAUUUUUUCGAGUCAGCUGCAAGUUAACAUUGGGGAAGAGAUGCUAGUAGCGUCAGAGAGCUGCCUCUGUGAACAAGGAAAUAAUGUUCUCAGCUGACGAAUGGACUGGGCACUUACGAAGCCACGGGAGUACCUGCCG